AUGGGAAUACCAAUGAAUCCCAGAAUAGCUGCAUCAAAAAUCGCCAGCUCUCGCCAUAUAAUCCCCAGCUACGCGACGCACCGGGCCAUCCACACAUCUGCGCGCAGACUGAAGCCCAUCCUCGAACCCCGGCUAGAGGACCACGGACGAGUCAUUCACGACGAGUACUCGUUGAUUCGGGACAAAUACGACGUGCCCAAGCACCCCAUUGUCCUUGCGCAUGGCCUCCUAGGCUUCGACGAGUUGCGCCUCGCUGGUCCCUACCUCCCAGGCGUCCAAUACUGGCGAGGGAUCCGGGAGGCAUUAACAGCAAGAGGUGUAGAGGUCAUCACUGCUACAGUACCUCCGUCUGCAUCGAUAGAGCAGCGUGCUGAGGAAUUAGCGCGGGAUAUUGAGGCUGGGGCGAAGGGGAAGGAUGUGAAUAUAAUUGCUCAUAGCAUGGGCCUGGCCGCAGCACAUCUCACUGAUUCUCGCACAACAGGAUCAUCCGUGGCAGACUACGUCUUCAACACAAUAGGAGCCGACCGCCUCCCACAAAUCUACUACACCCUAAACCGACUAAACGUCGAAACAGGGGCCUUCGAACAACUCACGCAAAAAUACAUGUCCGAAACCUUCAACCCCAAUACCCCCGACAUAGACGAUGUACGAUACUUCUCCUACGGGGCCGCCGUCGAGCCGAGCAUCUGGUCCGUAUUCCGGCUCUCGCAUAAGAUCCUCGCUGCGACGGAGGGCCCUAAUGAUGGACUUGUCAGCGUGGCUAGUAGUCGCUGGGGCGGGGAGGAUGGGUACAAGGGGACGUUGGUGGGCGUUAGUCAUUUGGAUUUGAUUAAUUGGACGAAUCGGGUUAAGUGGUUGGCGGGUGAGGUCUUGGGGAAUCCGAGGAAGUUUAAUGCUAUUGCUUUUUAUUUGGAUAUUGCCGAUAUGUUGGCUAAGGAGGGGCUGUGA